AUGAAUCAACCAUUCACAGCAGAAAUUAAAUUGAAAAGUUCAAAAGAAAGAGGUUAUUUUGAUCAACUAGUGGAUGCUGUUGUUCGUCCGCCUAGAUAAAUAUAUGACCCUUCAAAAUUAGGACCAACAACUAUGCUUGUAAAUAAAUUACUAAUUUACAGAGAAGAUUUUGUAGUAUUUUCAAGACAACAAAAUUUAAAAUUACAAUGUUCUUUAUAUAGUCCUGUAUACUUAAAAGAUAAGGCAAGACCGUGCAUAAUAUAUCUUCAUGGAAAUUCAAGUUCUAGAUUGGAAUCUUCAUGUUAUGCCAAUAUGAUAGCCUAAGAAGGUAUGAGCUUAGUGAACUUUGAUUUUGGCGGUUGUGGAAUAUCAGAUGGAUAGUAUGUGUCCCUUGGAUGGUAUGAAAAAGAAGACUUUUUAAACAUUUUAAAAUAUAUCAAAGAGAAAUACCCACUAUUAGGUCCAUUUGGAGUUUGGGGUAGAAGCAUGGGGGCAGUAACUGCAAUUAUGGCUGCAGCCGAAUAUCCUGAGUUAAAUACUUUAGUUUUGGAUUCUCCAUUUAGCAAUCUAAAGCAACUUUGCAUUGAUAUUGGUGACAAUUUUCAUGUUCCAACCUUUGGUGUUAGAUUUGUGUUUUAUUUAUUAAGGAAAAAGGUAAGGAAGCUAGUUAGAUAUGAUCCCAAACAUAUUAACACUAUGCAGUAUAUUAGAAAAUUAUCUUCCAAAUGUGCUGCCUAUUUCGUAAGAGCGAGUAGUGACAAAAUGAUUGGAAAGAAUCAUAUUGAGGAUUUGUAUGAAGCAUUCAAGGGAGAAAAAUACAUCUUUACUUUUUUGGGCGAUCAUAAUGCUCCUAGACCUGUUGAAGCUUAUCAAGGGAUUAUGAGGUUUUUUGCAGCUAGAUUAAAUAAAAGCAAUGAAAUUUAAAAGGUGAAUUUAUCCAGAAAGAGUUCCGGGAAAUCGCACAAAGUUGAGAAAGGGUACAAAUCUCAGAGAUCCAACGAGUCCGAUGUGAACUAUGACGAAUCUGAUGAUGAAAAUGCUAAGAAAUUAAAUAAUGAACAAUACAUAACAGAAAUGAAAAAACCAUAACUAUUGAAUGCUUUUUUAUCUGAUUCUGACAUUGAUAGUCAACACUCACUUGAUGAAGACUUGUAGGAACAUGAUCUUCCACAAUUUUAAGAUAUCAAAACUAAAUUAAGUUGA